AAUUUCUACAAGUUGAGGUUACUCUAGGGACUAUUUAUGUAAUUUACUAAAGAUUCUAAUGCGAUUUCAUACGAGCAAAGAGUCACAUUAUCAUCCAGCCGUUCAUGUUUCACUACCCCACCUCCCCAUCCAACGGUAUCUACACAUCCCACGUCACCUUUUUCUUAUCAUCAAACAAACAGCUAUCGUUCCUCCACGUGUCACUAUCGAUGCGUUAUUACUCCCUCGAUCCAACGACCGUCGUACUCUUUCUCCGCAACUCAACGCUUCUAGCAUACCCCAACUUCUAGGAGCUCCGGCGUCCUUAUCCCGGCCGGAGUUUUAAUUGAGCUUCGCGCCAAAUAAUUCGAAUUUUCCUUUCACAGAUCAAAUAUUCACGGCCAUGGCGGAUUCUGAUAACGAAUCAGGAGGUCACAACGCCGGCGGCGAGUUAUCAGCGAGGGAACAGGACAGGUUCCUUCCAAUUGCUAACGUGAGCCGGAUCAUGAAGAAGGCGUUGCCGGCAAACGCGAAGAUCUCGAAGGAUGCGAAGGAGACGGUGCAGGAGUGCGUGUCGGAGUUCAUCAGCUUCAUCACCGGAGAAGCAUCCGACAAGUGCCAAAGGGAGAAGAGGAAGACAAUCAACGGCGACGAUUUGCUUUGGGCGAUGACGACGCUAGGGUUUGAAGAAUACGUUGAGCCUCUGAAGGUUUACUUAGCAAAAUACAGGGAGAUGGAAGGGGAGAAGACGACGAUGGGAAGACAAGGUGAGAAGGACGGAUCAUCUGGAGGAGGUGGUGGUGCGGCGGCAGGCGGCGGCGGGAGUGGUGGAGGAGUUAGUUCGGGAGGAUAUAAUGAGGGCGGCGGAGGGAUGUACGGAGGGAUGCAGAAUAACGUGAUGAUGGGGCGGCACCACCACCAGCAGAUGUACAAUUCGGGUUCAUAUCAUCAAAUGGGUUUGGGUUUAGGGAGUCCGAAGGGUAGUUUGGGCAGAUCGGGCAGCAUCGGUGGUGGCAGUGGUGGAGCUGCCACUGUCAAGCCUAGGUAG